AGGACGCCUUCAUCAACGCAGACCCCGGCGAUGUGAGAUACUCUCUUCAGUCGUAUCAACGUUCAUAAACUCACUACCUCUCUCUUCGUUGUCUCAACUUCAUGCCAGGCAGUUUCGCGCUACUGGCUACCUUUCAAUGAGGUGACACCAGAUUCCCUGUGUGCAAGACACAGUGUACAGCUAGUCGUCAUGGCUCUGAACUUGGAGAAACAGCUGCGCUUUUAUGGCGCAUACCAUCAUGAUCCGGCAAAUAUCGCGAUACACUUGAUCGGGGUGCCGGUCAUACUAUGGACGACCUUUCUGCUGGGCACAAACACUCCACCACUAGUCGAACUGCCAUCCUCGAUGGCCAUUCCUUACCUUGACCUAAACGCGGGCACGAUCUUUUGUCUAUGCUACUGCGCCCUGUACGUCCUGCUUGAACCAGUGGCCGGAACCGCGCUCUCAGCAUUACUGCUGGCUGGAACAGCGUAUGGCAAAUACCUCACAAUGACCCAUGGAAUGACUGCCAAUUUCUGGGCGGCCGCAGGUUUCGUUGCAAGCUGGAUAGCACAAUUUCUGGGGCACGGAAUGUUUGAAGGUCGAGCACCUGCUCUUCUAGACAACAUCUUCCAGGCAUUCUUCCUCGCCCCUCUGUUUGUCUGGCUGGAGAUGCUCUUCGCUCUGGGAUACAGGCCGGAGUUGAAGAACCGUGUGGACAAGAUGGUCAAGGAAGACAUCGCCAAGUAUCGGGAGUCAAAGGCCCAAAAGGCGAAUGGCAAAGUCAAUGGAGCCACUGUCAACGGAAAUGGACACGCGAAACAAUCCUGAGCCUUUGCA